CGCGCGUCGGGUUACGGCAUGGGCAAGCAGCAGCAGUACGCGCGCUACCUGCGCCAUCUGCGCCAGGAGUUCAUCGAGUACUGGAAGGAUAAAACACCCAGCAACGGCUCACCCGCCGACUUCGAAAAACUCAAAAUCCUAGGUACCGGCGCCUUCGGCAUUGUCUUCCUCGCCAAACAAAUCGUAUCAGGAAAGUACUACGCUAUGAAAAUGCUAGAGAAAGAGAAAAUAAUAAAACAAAAACAAGUCGACCACAGCUACUACGAGAAGAAAAUAUUAUGCGGUCUCAAUUUUCCAUUUGUAGUUUACAUGAAGUUCUUUUUUAAAGACAACGUGUACCUUUAUUACGUGCUCCCGUAUAUAGCCGGGGGAGAAAUGUUCUCCCACUUGCGCAAAAUGGGUAAAUUUGAUGAAAACGCUGCAAAGUUUUACGGUGCUCAAGUGGUUUUAGCUCUAGAGUAUCUGCACGCUUGUGAUUUAGUGUAUCGUGAUUUGAAACCGGAGAAUAUACUGAUUGAUAAGACUGGUUAUAUUAAGAUAGUUGACUUCGGUUUUUGUAAGUUCUUACAAGACAGGACUUGGACUCUCUGCGGCACGCCAGAAUAUUUGGCUCCAGAAAUUAUCCUGAGCAAGGGUUACGGCAAAGCCGUGGACUGGUGGUCGUUCGGGAUUCUGUUGUACGAAAUGAGCGCCGGCCACCCCCCUUUCUACUCAUCUGACCCGAUGAGGAUUUACGAAAAAAUCGUUAUUGGGAAAUACAAAUGCCCUGAUCACUUUUCCGUCAGCUUAACAGAUUUAUUGUCUCACACUCUACAAGUGGAUUGCACUAAGCGCUACGGGAAUCUGAAGGACGGAGUGUACGAUCUAAAAAACCACAAAUGGCUCCAGGAAAUCGACUGGGACAGCCUGGUCAACUGUCGAAUGCCUGCGCCGUUUAAGCCUAAAAUACGAUCGGCUUGGGACACCAGUAAUUUUGAUAAUUAUGAAGAAGUAAAGCUCAAAGAAAGUCCCGUAUGCUUAUACGAAAAUGAAUUCAAGGACUUUUAA